AUGUCGUGCUCGUGCAUUAAUCCAAUACCCGUGCAAUAUGUGCGAUCACGCCGUGGAACUCAUCUUGUGCUAUACAAAUAUAACACUUACACACCGAACGAAAAGGUACGAGACGGCCGACUGUCGCGAGACUGGAAGUGUUCCAUGUAUCAUAAAGCAAAAUGUCGCGCAAGGCUUGUAACAAGGCAAACCUUGUCCGGGGAUGUGAUCCACAUAACGUCAGAUAAACACACACACAAGCCAAUGUACACAUCUGCAGAGGUGGAAUCUAUGCAAAAACAAAAUUUAAUGCAGCAGCAACAUGGGUUAAAAGAUUUGAAAGCUACACAAACGAUGGAACAAUGUCGGCCUAUCCGAACAUUCCAAUAUCUCAAUCAACUACAGCAGUUACAGCUACGACCACUUUAUCCACAGCCUAUGCCAACUGUAUCACUUCUUGAGACGCAGUUUCCUAAAAUGUUACCGCGCCAGUUGUCAUAG